GUAAAUGAUAAAUUAAUUCAGUGUGUGUAACUGUGUGUGAGAGAUUAAAUAUUACUUUCUUUCAUAUAAAUUCAAUCCCCAAUUUUUAUUUUAUUUUAUUUUGUUUGUUGAAUCUGUCUGUCUGUUUUAUGAUUCUCUGCUAGCUAAUGACAGAACCCAUAUCAAAUUAUCCAUGGCCACCUCAUUUCCGGCAGAGUCUUACCUCCGAACAGCCGCCGCAGCCACCACCUUCAAAUCCCGCCGACGCACCGCCGCAAGUUUCAGUCACCGGCAACCUAACCGCCGCACGUGACGGUCGUGUAUCGAAGCCAGUCCGCCGCCGUACACGAGCUUCCCGCCGGACACCCACCACUCUUUUAAGCACCGACACUAGAAAUUUCAGGGCCAUGGUUCAACAAUUCACAGGCGGACCAUCUGUAUCUCUUGCUCCGUUCAUGUCUCAGGCAACGCCGCCCGCCACCUUCAGUUCUGUGAAUCCCACCGCGCAGGCUCCGAUUGACGCGGGGUAUUUUAAUCAGCUAUUGAUGAAUCGACGACCGCCGGCUGAUGAUCAGAAUUAUCAAAUGCUCUCGUUCGCCGCCGCAAACAGAGCCGCCGCCGCCGCCUCCACCGCCGGCGAUUAUCAAAUUCAGAAUCAAAAUCAAGAUUCUGGUGAGAUGGGAACAAGCGGGUUUUCUAUGGAUGAUUUAAUUUCACAUCAUCAAGCUCAUCAUCCUCGGCCACCUUCUUCGAACUAGCAGUAGCGGCGGUGGAUUAAGUCAGAGAGGAGGAGAGAAAUUUGAUGAUUGGCUGAUUGAUUAUCAAUGUAAAUAAUUAUUUUCUUUUUUAUAAAAAAUAUUUCUUAAAGUAAUAAUUACUUUUCUUUUGUUAUAAAAUAGAUGUUUGUUUUAAUAGUACAAGUAAUCAA